GUGGAAACAACAACAACUCAGCUUCUGUCAAGAGUAAAAUAUGAACACUUCCGUGUUUCCAUACUGCUGUACCCUGCUUCUGAAACUCUGACAAUGAGUGAAACAUUUCCACUUGUCGCCCAUUUGUAAAUAAAAAUUCUUCGCACGUUUUCAUGCGAUUAAGUCGUUAUAUCGUUGCGUACAAGCACUACAACUUAAUCUUUCAAGAAACACUUUAUUUUCCAUGAACAAACCAGUAAAAGAGGACAAAAAAUCCUCUCACAAUGCAUAUUUUCAGCGUUCGAAGAAUCAAAAUGUUUUUUAAGAAAUGCGCCCGCAAUAUUUAAACAGCGACAACAGAAUGCCCAGCUUUUGGCUGGGGCUGGUCACGUGGCACGCAGAUUCUGCGUGCUGAAAUAAAAUGUGUCUUUGGGUAAUGGGUGGGUAGGGUGGUAGAGGAGUGGUCUAAAGCUACGUUUGCACACAACGAUUAAUCGGGACGAUUUCAGGUUUUGCCACUGAGCUAUAUAAUAACUGGAGGACCUGUUCCUAUACUUCGUUCAGUCAACGAAGUGAAGCCAAAAACAUGGCGGAUUUUGACGUUUGCUCACACCAUUUCCAUGACAACUGGUCCGUAAUUCCCACGCAAUUACCACUGACCAACCGCGAUCCUGAGCUUCAGACGACGUUUUCACCCCCCUGGUUUUGGCAGUUUUUUUAGUUAAAAACAGAAUAUUUUCUCGUAUUUUGCUGGUUUUUUACAACUUGAAAGAAAUUAAAGUGCUGUUUUGCUCCGCUUGCUGAUGCAACAAUUUACUUUACAUAAAGGAUGAGUAAUUCAUUUCACAGGUAAGAUUCAUGGGACUUGGAUAACGGAUAGUACGAAAUUGUAAAAUAUUUUGUCAAACCUUAGCACUCGUUCACUCAUGAGCCAAAUGGACAAGCCUGUGCCACACCCCCAACUAAGGAAAUUAGGUGACUAGGGAAACGAGAGAAAUGUGAGCGAGGAAGCGAGUAUUUUACAGCGAUCAUUUGUGAGAAAAUUUUAUGUUUUAUUAAACUUUUAUUUUAAAUUUAUUUGUGGUAAGUGUGCAUUAACUUCUCCAGCACACUUUGGUGCCGUGACCAGGAUCUAUUCGCGAGAUUAAUUAAAACGUUUAUAUUCGAACAUGAGCAACGAGCAGACCGAGGAAAGUUUACAACUAGAAAUCAACAAGGAAAUAGAAAAACUGAAAUAUUACGUUGAAAAUGCUGACGAGACGAUCAACGAAGGAGAUUUUAACGAGAUCAAGAUAAUAAAUAACCGAGCAACAGCAAUUUUGGAUAAAAUAAACACUCUAGUCGCGAGUAUUCAAGAGUUAAAAAUCGAUCGCGGGGAAACAGCAAGGAAUGUUCGAUAAUGGAAAAAGGAAAAUAAGGAAAUUUACAGGCCGCUAGUGGAAAAAAUGGGAAAACUAUCUGACGCUUAUAACCAGAAACAAAGGAAAACAAACGAUGAAAUCGAGCGGGAAAAACAAGAAGCAGAAAGGGAAAACGAAGAACGUCGUCGGCGAGAAAUACGAGAGCGCGAAAGAGAAAUGUGGGAAGAAAAAUUUAACGCAGAAUUACGAAUGACCGAGAAAAAGAUUGAAAUGGAAACACAGGCAAAGGCUAGUUUGGCAAAACUUCCACGUUUGAAAAUUACACCAUUCAAAGGUACAGCAGCUGAUUGGGUUCGGUUUGAAAAUAUGUUUCUGACUCAAGUUGACAGCAGACCAAUUUCUGAGGAAGAAAAAUUUGGUUAUCUGCUAGAGUCGGUGGUACCUAAGGUAAGAGAUAUAAUUUCUAAUUUAAAACCAAGCUCUGUGGGGUAUAAAACGGCAUGGGACCGUUUGAAAAAGGAAUAUGGGCAAACCCGAGCAGUGAUCAGUGCGCACUUAGAUGAAAUCAUCAACUUACCUACUAUUAGAGGAACUAAUCAUGAGAAAAUUCAAGAGUUUUAUGAUAAGCUAAGCAGAAACUUUGAUGCUUUACAAACCCUAGGAGAGGGGGGAAAAUUACAAGGAUUUGUUAUGAACACAUUGAACAAAUUACCACAUGUAAAGCCAGACUUAGUAAGGGUGGAUAGCAGCUGGGAGGAAUGGGAGAUGGGAGCUCUGAUUAAUAACUUACAAGCAUGGUUGAAGAGAAACAAAUGUGAUGAUGGUUUUUCAAACCCCCAAGUGAUAACCGGAAGAGAGAAAGAAAUUGGUACGGGGGGAUGGGAAACCGAAACCAAAGUGCAUAUUUUGAUAUUUUGUAGUGAGGAACACUGGAGUGAUGAGUGCAAAAGAGUAGUUACACAAGAUCAGAGAAGGAAGUUCUUUGUCGACAAGAACUUAUGCUUCAAUUGUGGACGUACUGGUCAUAGGGGGUCCCAGUGCCGUAGCCGAGGUUGUUUCAAGUGUGGGUCAAAGCAUCACACCAGUAUAUGUGACAAGAACCAAAAUCCCAAAUUGGAGACGGGGGUGUACUCAAUGGUUACAGCAGGUCCCCUGAGACGAAUUCUUUACCAGCCAUUAUUCCAGUCAAGAUUGGGGGGGAGGUGAUGUGGGCUUAUUUAGACACUGGUUCUGCUAGGAACUUUGUUUCUCGGGACGCAGCAAAAAUGUUAAAUUUGAAGCCAAAACGCCAUGAACCGAGAGAAAUUGUUACUCUGAAUGGGAUCACAAAUCAGUCAAUGCCGAUUUAUGAAAUAGUAAUAAAUGCUCUUGACGGGGGAGCACGAGAGAAAAUCGAGGUUACCGGUUCGAAACUUCCAGACUUUACGACAGUCAGAAGACCUCAUAUUCCCGAGCUAAAAUUAAAGCAUGAACACACAAAGGACAAAACAUUUUACUAUACUGAGAAUAGGAAAUGCCAGAUUCAUCUCAUUAUUGGAGACAACACGUUUAGUCGAAUCCGAACUGAAACUGUGUGCAAGGGGGAGCAGGGAGACCCGAUCGUUGAAGAAACCAGUUUCGGUUGGGUAAUACAUGGGGGCGAUGACUACACCGAUGAUCAGUGCAUGUUCACAAGAGAGACAAGUGACUGUGAGAGACUGUAUAGUUUGGACGUCUUGGGAGUCGAGGACACAGGAGACACCAACAGUGAAAUUCUGAAUGAGUUUACAGAGAAAAUUACGAGAAAGGAGGACGGGAGGUAUGAGGUCAGUUUUCCAUGGAUUUCAGGGAAAAGACCGUCGGAUACAAACGAACAGCAGAGUAGGAAACGGUUACAGAAUGUCGAUAGAAAAUUAGAUAAAAACCCUGAACUAAAGCGAGAGUACAACAACAUUAUAAGCGAACAGUUAAGCCAAGGAGUAGUGGAAGUAGCCCUAGACACCCCCACUGGGGACCGGGUUUACUACAUGCCGCACAAACCGGUUGUGCGCCAGAAUGCUACCACAACAAAGGUACGAAUGAUCUUCGAUGCGAGUGCAAAACCUAAUGCAUCAGCUGAGAGCAUAAACGAUUGCAUGUAUACUGGCCCUCCGUUGCAACCACAUCUGUGGGACAUACUAGUACGAGCACGGUUAAUGCAGAAUCUUAUAUUAGCAGACAUCCAGAAAGCUUUCCUUCAGAUUGAAGUGAAGGAAGAAGAUCGUGAUUCCUUCAGAUUCCUAUACAACGUAAAUGGCAUGGAGAAACACCUACGUUUCACACGUGUGCCGUUCGGAGCGGAGGCUAGCCCCUUUGUAUUAGGUGCAACAUUGCAACACCACCUCGGAAACCAAUCCCCUGAACAUCAAGAUACCGUCGACGCGUUGAAGAAAAAUACCUAUGUGGACAAUUUAAUAUACGGUGGCGAGGAUCUGAGUAGCUUGGUGAAAUUCAAAGACGAAAGCAGCAGGAUCUUGGAAAGUGGUAAAUUUCCCGUCCAAAAAUGGGAAAGUAAUGUCGAGUUCUUAGAAAGCAAUGACAUGCCAAACCAUACUAAAUUCUUGGGACAUAUGUGGGACAAACGGGAGGAAACCCUCGAGAUAACAGUUCCUGAUUACCCAGAAGGUGAUCCAGUGACCAAACGAAGCAUCCUUAGUCAUUUAGGAAGCAUGUAUGAUCCACUUGGGAUAAUCUCUCCGACCCUAGCUGAGGGGAAACGAAUCUAUCGCAAUGUGUGUGACGAGAAGAAAUGUUGGAAUGCGGAAGUUUCUCCUCAAUCGAAAUACCAAUGGUUGAAGUGGACUAAGCAAUUGAGGAAUGUUAAGGUGCCUCGAAGUAUUAAUAAGAGUAUCAAGAGAAUGAAAGCAGUUCAACUUCACGUCUUUGCGGAUUCAAGUACUUUAGCUUGUUGUUCAGUAGCUAUCGCUGUUGUGGAGAGUAAUACGGGCGUUGUCAAAGGCCUCCUAGCUUCGAAGUCGCGAAUAUCAAAACGGGACACGUCAAUUCCAAGGCUCGAGCUUGUUAGCGGUCAUAUGGCCGCAAACAUGGCAAGAAACCUGUGCAACGCUUUACGCGGAUGGCCUAUCAAGUCCGUGAUCAUAUGGAUGGAUAGUCUUGUUGCAUUAUUUUGGAUAAAUAAUCCGGGCAAAGCUUGGAAGGUGUUCGUAGCCAACAGAGUCAAACAAAUGGCGGAUAUAACCGAAGAAGUGAACAUUGUGUGGAAAUACUGCCCGACAAACAUGAACCUUGCAGAUUUAAGAAGCAGGAGUGCAAGCAUUGAUUAGCUCGAGAGUCAAGAGUGGUUUGCAGGACCAAACUGGCUCCUCAGUGAGGACAAGUGGCCUGAACAACCCGAACUAAAGAAGAACAGAGAAACACAUGGUGAGUACAAAACCACUGAACCAAUCUUCUACUGUAAUGAGCAAGAAACCGAUGAAUGGGAUGAUCUACUCGAUCGAAGUUCAUAUUGGCGAACUUUACGAGUCACAGCCUGGAUUUUACGCUUUGUAAAUAACUGUCGUUCUAAAGCAAGGAGAGACAAACGAAGAAAUGGUCCACUAAAUACGGACGAAAUCACGAGUGCCAGAAAUAAAUGGGUGAGGAGAGUGCAGCAGAAAGAUCGGCCAGAUAUCCAGUCGCCGGGAUGGAGGUUGGUAGAAGAGCGUGACACCGGGAUACUGAAAUGCGAAGGACGAGUAACGAAUUAUCAGCCAAUAUAUCUUGGGGGAGGAGCGUUUGAGGACAAACUUAUUUCUCAUGUCCACAAUCAGAUCAUGCAUCUCGGUGUUUCAAACACAAUGACGACUCUUCGAAAAACGUGGUGGAUUCCAAGGUUACGUGAGAAAGUGAAGAAAGUCAUCAACAAGUGUAACGUUUGCAAAUUAUAUUCGGCAAAACCGUUUGAAGCCCCAAUCACAGCGAAAAUGCCAAGUUUUAGAACGGAAGAUGACCGACCAUUUGAAGUGACCGGCGUGGACUUCGCAGGACCGCUGCACUAUAAAAUUACUAAGAAAGAGGACGGAAAAUGCUAUGUCUUAAUAUUUACGUGCGCAGCCUCAAGAGCGGUUCAUUUGAAAGUAACGAAAGAUCAAACGGCUGCAGAAUUUCAGAGGAAACUCAAUGCUUUCAUUACCUGUAGAACGAGACCGCGUAUGAUAAUAUCGGACAACGCGCAAACUUUCAAAGUUACAGCUGAAUGGGUGAAGAUUAUAAGGAAGAGCGAGAAAAUGCAGAACUGUCUUGCAAACGAAGAAAUCAGGUGGCAAUUCAAUCUUGCGAAAUCCCCAUGGUGGGGAGGUUUCUACGAAAGGCUUAUUAAGGAAGUCAAGAAAACUUUAUAUAAAACACUGCAUGGGGAAAUCUCACUUGUCAUUCGAGGGCAUGGAGCAAGUGGUAAUGGAUAUUGAGAAGAAUUUGAAUAAUCGGCCGUUGACGUACGUGGAGGGCGAGAUAGAGUCGAAGGUGCUAACGCCAAAUGUUAUUAUGUGGAGAAGAAAUGCAUAUCCACAAGAGGAACUGGAAACAGACACGGACGAGUUGACAUCGAUGAACAGGCGGCUGAUUAACGCAAGACAACACGCAUGGCAACGCUGGAAAAGGGAGUAUAUUCACGCUUUAAUGGAAAAGCAUCGUACAAAAACGAAGGGGGGAGUGUACCAGACGUCGGCGACAUACUCUUGAUCUUGGGUGACGAAAAGAAUCGGGGUGAAUGGAAGAAAGGUCGUGUACUACGCUUAGUAAAGGGCAAGGACGGUGUUGUACGGGGCGUCGUUUUGUGUCACAACGGUCGAAGAGUUGAGCGACCUUUACAAUUAGUCUGUCCAUUGGAACUUAAAGUCGCAGAAAGUGUCGUGGAGCAAAAGCAGAACGAAACGGUCUCUAAGAAUCAACGAGUUGAAAGAAACGCGGCGAAGGAAGCGGAGCAGAGAAUACGGUUGCAGUUAGAGGAAGAAGAGGACAAUUGAACUAUAGAAACAUGUAUAGUUGCGUUCAUAUUGUUAUUGUUACAGUAAGGAUAAAAAUUGACAAUUAGGGGAGUGUGAGCCAAUUGGACAAGCCUGUGCCACACCCCCAACUAAGGAAAUUAGGUGACUAGGGAAACGAGAGAAAUGUGAGCGAGGAAGCGAUUAUUUUACAGCGAUCAUUUGUGAGAAAAUUUUAUGUUUUAUUAAACUUUUAUUUUAAAUUUAUUUGUGGUAAGUGUGCAUUAACUUCUCCAGCACACUCAUGCCAAUAUGAACUGCAAAUAUUUCAAUAUCGGACAUAAAAGUCAUAAAAACCUUGAGAAAUUUGAGAAAUUGUGAUCAUAAAAGUUACUGUUUUGUAAUCUUUUGUUUUAGUCCUGGCGAUGUGUCUUUGCCAGGGCUAAAAUUAUUCUUAACAUGAAGUAUUGCGUGUCUGUGUUUACUUUUGCCCAGUCUCUUUGGCCGAAUUAUGUAUAGUCGAUCCACUGAGCUGUAUAAUACAGUGAGUCGAUCGAGAUUUCGAUUUGUGUCUGUCUGUCUGUCUGUCUGUCUGUCUGUCUGUCUGUCUGUCUGUCUGUCUGUCUGUCUGUCUGUCUGUCUGUCUGUCUGUCUGUCUGUCUGUCUGUCUGUCUGUCUGUCUGUCUGUCUGUCUGUCUAUAAAUUCCGGGGAAAUAAUUAAGGCUUCAGGAAGUUUUCUUAAACGAGGGGGGCGGUCAAUAUUUAUUUUGUAUUGCGCUCACAUGAUACAUUGAUGUUGGAUUUUCACAAAUCGACAAUAUUUUGAAUAAUUCAGGUAAGGAUAGCUUUAUUUCUUUCUGGUGAUAUUACAUGAAGAUAUUUAGAUCUGCUGUUUAGCGUUCGAUAUGAGGUAUUUGAAACAAUAGAUCGUCUUUAUAUUUAUG